AUCAGGCCAUGAUCGUUAAGGUAACGCCAGUCUGACUCGCAGAUCUUUAUGACACCAUCCCGCCCGGCGACUUCAAGUUCACCUCCCCAACCUUUUCAUUGUCAAUUCUGCUAGCUACAUACAUUCGUUUACUGCGAAAAUAGUUGGAUACACUUCGUUCUUGCUAUAAUUAUAUCACUUGUGUCCUUUCUAUCUGAUAAGCUUGGGCCAUCAUGGCCGAUAAGCAUUACUAUACACCCGGCACUGAAUACAGCAGGUAUGGGGGCGCCACCAGUCAGCUUCCCAAAUUAGACGAUGAUCUCGGUCAUGCAGGGCCUCCCCCGCCGCCAGGAUCCGGGCAAUUUAUACCUUCGCAGCAGACGGCCGCUCAGUAUUCCUGGUACGACCCUCGCGGCUGGUCGCUACGGAAAAAGUUGAUUAUAGCAGCCGUCAUCAUUGUCAUCAUCAUUGCAGUCGUUGUUGGUGCAGUCGAAGGGACGAAGAAGAAAGGGUAUCCCGACUAUUCCAAGCUUGAUUACAAGCUGGUGGACACGUAUUCGGGCAACUCGUUCUUUGACCGGUUCAACUACUAUUCUGGCGAGGAUCCCACUGAUGGGUUUGUCCAAUAUGUAAAUCAGUCAACAUCAAAUUCCUUGAAUCUGACCUAUGCUGGCGAAGACUCCGUUGUGCUCAAGGUGGACACAUCCAACAAGAAUGCAACAAAAGGAAGACAGUCUGUGCGUCUGGAGUCAAAAACAAGUUACGAUAGCGGCCUCUUCAUCUUCGACAUUCUCCACACGCCAUAUGGCUGUGGCCUGUGGCCAGCACUGUGGUUAACCGAUACCUACAACUGGCCUGAAAACGGAGAAAUCGACGUGGUUGAGACGAACAACCUGGCCACCGAGGGAAAUGCCGUUACAUUGCAUACAACCAGCGGUUGUAAAAUGAAUGUCAAGAGAAAGGAAACCGGUACCCCAAAUUACGUGACCUGCGACAACAGCACGCAUAGCAACGCCGGAUGUGGUGUACAGGGCUCGCCAAGCACGUACGGUCAAGAAAUGAACGAGAAUGGCGGCGGGGUUUACGCUCUGGAGCUACGGGAUGCCGGAAUCCGAGCUUGGUUCUUCUCACGCGAUUCUAUUCCCGACGACAUUUCGAACUCGAGCAGCACUCCAGACCCAUCAACAUGGGGGACUGCAUUGGCUGACUUUCCCAAUACUCACUGCGAUAUACCCUCUCACUUCAAAAAUCAAAGUAUAAUUGCCAACAUCGAUCUCUGCGGACAGCUCGGUGGUAACAAGGCAUUCUAUACUGAACAGUAUCACUGUCCGGGUACAUGCGAAAGUUUUGUCCGCAGCAACCCUGGCAAGUUUACUCAGGCGUACUGGGAGUUUAAAAGCUUCAAAGUAUAUCAGGCUAGUUAGAUGGUUGGCUUCCGUAUAGAGACUCGUCUUUUGCUUUUUGCUAGUUAUGAUUAUAACUUUCAUGAAUGAGGUAAUGGCUGACGCGGAU